AUGUUGACGAGGUUCAGCAUGGCAGGUGGCAAUGGGGGAAAUCGAUUGCUGUCGGGACCGCAUCUGAGGAUGUGCAGUGCCACAAAGUUUGGCGACUCACUCAAGGAGUCACUGAGACGUUCUGCGAACGACGACCAACAAACUUUUGAAAAACGCCCAAGUCGCAGACGAUACUCGGCAGCUAACACAACAGGACGAUCAAAGAAUAUCCGCGGCAUCAUUUCCUUGCUCAAGUCACUUCCCAAAACGGAGAAGGCUGCGAUAUUUGACGGUUUACACCCUCGUGAUAAACUUGAUGUAUUACGAGUUCUUGGCCGGCGUUCUGCGCGACGUGCCGCUGGGCUUCCCACUUAUAGAAGCCGUAUCUUUGAGAGAAGUUACUUAUUUAGGGAAGAGGAUCUAUGCGAGCAAAGUACACUUGGCCGUGGUCCCGGUGGUCAGGCGACAAACCGACGAAUGCAAACUGCUAUAGUGAAGCACGAGCCAAGUGGAAUCGUUGUAAAGUUUAGCAAGUUUCCUUCCUACUGGCUUAACCGGAAAGCGGCGCGGGAGAUCCUUAAUUUGCGCCUGGAGGAGCAUCUUUUGGGUCCGGGAUCGAGAAUCGCCCGCAUCAGACGACGAGAGGUGAGGCGACGACUGCAGCAAAUUCAAACGAGAGAGAAAAUGGUGGAGAAGGGUAACAUUAGGGCAGCUAAGAUGUCUCAGCAGCGUGAAUUCCACAAGGUUCUUACAAAUGUGCUGCCUUUUCCUCCAACUGUGCUGCUGCAAUUUGGCCAUGGUUAUGUUGAUAGCACCCUCUUCAUGUCAAACCUUUUUGAAGGUGAAUGCAACCGAUGGUGGCCUUUGCUUGUCGUGGCGUUUAAGCAUUUGAACGGUGAUGUUUCCCAAGAAGAGGGUUGCAAUAGGGAGGACACAAGCGAGGAUGGCAAAUUUAAGGUACCGGAGUUGUUUCUUUAUGUAUUUCCAGCCGUUCUUUUUUCCUCACGACCUCCAACAUCUGUUGAAAAGUAUGAGUGGAGUGAGGUACAAAAAUGUGCUAAUGACGAGGCCGCCUUGCAGAAUGUGAUUCGUGGACUUCGUUGCUUUGUUGAGCUUUUUGGUUUACACUUGCAGGACAGGCUCUCACCCAGUGGUGACGGUCAGAGUGCCUUUGUGCUUGUUAGGGACGGUACAAAUUGGCUUGAAUUUAGGGGGCGUAUGGUAGCGUCCGAUGAGAGGAUGACACCUUUGGCCCUCACAUGCUUUUCGCAUUUGGUACUAAGUCUUACGCAACUGCGGUGCAAACGGGAGACCAAUGCUGUCUUGGCAUUUUUUCGCCAUGAGGCGAAGACCGGCUUGAGGGGCCAAUGGGCAGCGCACGGCUGGAGAAGGAUGCGUCACGUGAUAAAGCGUUAUGAGUCGCUUCAACAACAGCAGCAAAGCGACCAAAAAUGUAAGGUUGAAAAGAGGUUUCUUGUUUGA